AUGGGUGUCAUCACUUUUCACUUUGAUGUCCCGUCCGUCAUUCCCCUGGCCAGGAUGUUCAAGGCUGUUGUCCUCGAUGCCGGUAACCUCCUCCCCAUCGUCCUCCCGCAAGCCGUCAAGAGCGUUGAAGUCCUCGAGGGCGAUGGAGGUCCCGGGACCAUCAAGUUGAUUACUUUUGCUGAAGGCAAUCCAUACAAGACAGCAAAGCACAAGGUCGAGGCCCUGGACAAGGAGAACUUCACCUACUGCUACUCAAUCAUCGAUGGCGAAAUGCUGGGCACCACCUUCGAGAAGAUCACCUUUGAGGUGAAGAUCAACGCGUUGCCUUUGGGAGGCUCGAUGUUGAAGUGCACGAACAGUUACUUCACCAUUGGCGAGGUGGACAUCACCGAGGAGGAGAUCAACACCCGGAAAGAGAAGGCGUCCGCGAUGUACGAGGCCAUCGAGGCUUAUCUCUUGGAAAACCCUGAUGCCUACUGA